AAGUCACCUGCGCACCAAGAGAACCGCCAGGUAGUCGACCCUUUCUGAGUCUCCCCUCAUCGUGCCUGAACAUCUGUGUACUCUCGCGCACACCGAAUCCCACCAGUGUCUGGUGUUUCUUUUUAUCUUUCUCUAUAACAUGGUGAAGCGCUCGUGGAGUGUGGCUCAACAGGCCGACGGCAGUCAGAACGGCAGCAACGGACACAGCGCGCAGCCAGAGCAGCAUCGCCGAUUAUCCGUCUCCAGCACGGCCUCCGCCACAAAUACGAUGAAUCUUCAGCGAUCGCCGGACGACGCUCAGUCACCCGGCAAAGACAACUCACCGCCGUCAGUGGUCUCGAACGGGUCGAGGGAGAACAGCAAUAGUCUGAACGGGUCGGCGCGCGGGGUGCCAAUCUCGAAAAUUAUACAUACUCAACAGCCUGUCAGUGCCGUCAACGACGAAGGCGAACUAGUAUCGCUGACAACUAGAAAGAGUACCGCGUGCCCAGCAUGCCGCAAGCAGAAGAUAAAAUGCAUAAUGGAGAACGACCUCCCACCCUGCAAACGAUGCGCGAAGCAAGGAAUAUUCUGCUCCCCGAAUAAAACGCUACAAGGAAUUCUAGGCGACCAAGCACGAUGGAACUCACGAAUGCGGCAAAACUUCGCCCGCAUGGAGUCUGCCUUGAACGAAGCCCGCGCGGCGUUGAACCUGCCUUCGAUCUUUGCCAUGGACGAAUCGGCUACUGCGGACGAAGAAGCACAGAUCAGAGAGAGCUCUGAGUUUUUGAAGGAGGGCAGCGGCUUGGAAGUUGUGCGCGGAGCAGGGGAAGAUGAGGUGCUGGACAAUGUACACUCGGGACCGGACAAUCUCGCUUCAGCACCUAUUCGAUCGCUGUAUGAAGUCACACAGGCCAACCGUGGUAUCAACGGCAAGUUUGAUCGGCAUCAGAAUGGGCAUAAUGGAGGUGAUUCUGCGUCCGGCAAACAACCUGACGAUCUGCAGCUUCAAGCAAGCGGUCUUGUCAUUGAACCCGAUUUCAUUAGCAGAGGCGUGAUUACACUUGCAGAGGCAGACCAGCUUGCAAAAGUAUACCUAAACCGCCUCGAUCAUUUCUUUUACGGUUAUCUUCAAGAGUACCCAGAUUUUAGCGCCGUCCGGGCACGAUCGACGCUACUCGCUCUAACUGUCUGUGUCGUUGCAAGUCAACAUGACCCAUUGGGAUCUGAUGUGUACGAUAAACUGUCGCGAGAGCUGAGGAAUUUGGUCUCUAGUCUACUUUUUCGUCCUCGGCUCGGAUUCGAAGACAUCAAAGCUCUUUGCAUGGGCUGCUAUUGGCUAGCCGACAUCACCUGGAUGUUGACCUCGCUAGUGGUCCGCAAGGCAGUCUCGAUGCAAUACCAUAUGGCGCAUCUCUCGCAACCGGUAACUGAUAUCGAGGGAUUCAAGAGGUCACAGCUGUGGCUGCUGAUCUAUCUCUCCAAUGAACAGAUUUCGAUCUUACAAGGCGCUCCCAGCGGCGUCGGUCGCGAUUUCGUGAACUGGGAGGCGCAUAUGAGUAGCUCAUUUUCAAGCGAGGCAGAUCUCCGACUGGUUUCUCAUAUCGACCUGUUGCUGAUCUUUUCACGCGCGCGAGAGCUGUUUGGGCUCGAUACCACAAAGCAAAUUCCCCGGAUAUUGAUUCCCCAGUUGCGAGAUUUCAACAUGCAGGUUGACAGAUGGGGUGCGGCGUGGUCUGGAAAACUAGCGCGCAACAAGCAGCUUGGAAAUUUCCCGAGCGAGGCUAUCAAGAUACAUUGGAGGUUUGCAAAGUUCUAUAUUUGCUCUCACGCCUUCCGCGGGCUGAGCGUGGGACCUACCAGUGGGACAACGAGUCGAAACGACGACCAAUCGAUCCCGAUAAUCAACCACAAUGUGACGCUAUCAAGAGAUCUUGAAGACAUUGCUGCUGCUGCAAUCACGACCGCUUUUGAUACGUUGCAUUUACUGCUCGAGUCCGAUGAGCUACAGUCGUCUCUUGUCGGCAUGCCGCAUUAUUUCCACACAAUGUUUGCCUUUGCGGCAGUCUUUCUGCUUAAAGUGGCCACGCGAUACUCGUUACACGUCAAGGUCGACAUUCCGGCUGUUCUCGAUAUAAGCACGCGGGUUGUGCGCGUAUUUAGGAAAGCGCCAUGUGCUCGGCAACAUUUAGUGAGUCGGAUCGCACGUGGCUUGUCCGAAAUGCUCGAGCGGGCACAAGCGCAGUACACUGCCGCUGCGAACGCGGCUGCCAUAUCUAGAAAAGCCUCACCGGCUCCGUCCGGCGCGCCGGGCGGGAGUACGAGCGCAGAGCAAGCGGAGGACGGCAUAAUGAUUGGUGCGAUGAUGAGCCAGGGACAGGCAGGAAUUGAGGAAUACUCGAUCGAAGCCGCUAUGGUUGAGAAUGCGUUGAACGGAGCGCUGCCGCAGUUGGAUUUGGAAAACUAUGACUUUUUGAGUAGUAUACCACCAAGUUGGAGUGGGGAGUUUGAUUUGUAAAAGCUUUUUGUUAAAUUAUGAUUUUGGAAUUUCUACGGUUGAUAGUUUUUAAGAGAGGUAGUGUAGUAUCUAUAAUGACAUGCAAAUAUACGCUAAUUGGAUAA